AAAAAAAGGAAAACUGAAAAGGGCGCAUCACUUUUCGUUUUUCGCUUCCUCACGACAACCGACUACUCUAACCAUAUCUCGUAUACUAGCACAGGCGGCACAGCCAUCCUUCAUGUUCAAGCCACUGUAAGCGUUCGGAACAGUGUCACAGCAACCGGAUUGGUGAGGAUAUAUUUCAUUUCUCCCACGACAAAUCAUCCUGGCUUGAAAGCCCUUAUCAGGGGGAAGAGGCGCUGCGUCUGGCGAACCUUGCAAAAGGAGUCGGUUCCAGGCGUAUCGCUGGAGGAAGAUGUGUCCAUUUCUGCAGGAACCUCCUGAUUCAGUCUCUAAUGACCAGGAUCCAAUAGUGCUUCAUGUCUAUGAUUUACCUCAACUCUAUCAAAAGCCUUCAGCAAGUACGCUGCUACAUGCCUUAAACCUCCUGUGUUGUGAGACUCCCACUUUCUCGAAAUCAAAUCACGUCCGCCGGGUACAGGUUCCCGAGCAAGGUGUACCGCGGUAUCUCACUUCCAUCGUGUCCUCAAGCCUACAUUGGAUAGAUGACGACGAGGCGAAAGAGUCAAUAUGGAGCGCUGCCAGUGCAAGAUUAAGUGAGCGCUCCGGGAGGAAUGCUAUGCCUGCAAUGACCCGGAUGUUCACAAUCACCGACUGUCUUACAAUCAGCUUGCAUGAGCCUUCCCUUACCGGUGACAACCUUGGUUUCAAGACUUGGACCUCGUCCCUGUUGUUGUCAAAGCGGUUAUUGCAAUGCCGUAGAUACAUGCCGCGAGGCUGUGCUCGAGUGCUUGAGCUAGGAUCCGGCACUGGACUUGUAGGCAUUUCUGCUGCCUGCUUAUGGAACACGCAUGUUCUGCUAACCGAUCUGCCGGAAAUUGUUCCUAAUCUGGAGCGGAACCUGAAGCAGAACCUCAGUGUCAUUACCGAGAAUCGUGGCAGUGUCGAGUCACGCGCACUCGACUGGGCAGAUGAGAACGAUCGUCCAAGUGACGAGCAACAGAAGUUUAUGAUCAUUCUGGCAGCUGAUCCUGUCUACUCUUCAGAACAUCCGAGGAUGCUGGUCAACGCAGUGAGUCGGUGGAUCUGUCACGAUCCGAGGGCCAGGUUUAUGGUCGAGCUGCCACUACGAGAUCGUUAUGAUAAGGAAAGGCACGACCUGCGGGCCCAACUGCAUGAUGAGAACUUUGAGCUCGUCACAGAGGGCACAGAUGCUGGGUUCGACGACUGGCAAAGCCGUGAUGGUCGACCGGUCGAAGUCCAGUGUUGGUGGAGCAUCUGGAAACCGGUGACAUAGAGCGGUAUACAUGUCGAAUACUGAAAUAGAACAUAAAAUAGAGACAAACUAUGCCAUUUGAAAGACUCG